GUUGUGCUACACUUUCCAUUCCUUCAUAUUCUCUUUAUUUUCUUGAGUCUCAAAACCCAAUAGCAGCACAAUCUUGAAGAUGAAAGGGGUAUACAAUUCAUUGCAAGCACUAAAACCAAUCAUCCUAAUGUUGUUUGUGCAGAUUGCAUAUGCUGCUGUGAAUAUCAUGUACAAGCUCGUUAUAAAUGAUGGGAUGAGUAUGAGGGUUGCUUCUGCCUACCGCCUCGCUUUUGCAUCAGCUUUCACUAUUCCUCUUGCUUUUAUCUUUGAUAGGAAGAGUACUAGACCAAAGAUUACUUGGAAGGUUCUUUUUCUUUCAUUUCUAUGUGGAUUGUUUGGGGGAAGUUUAUUUCUAAACCUUUAUGGCGUUGCCCUCGAUUUGACUUCAGCAACGUUUAUGUUGUCCAUGUCCAACCUUAUUCCAGGAAUUACCUUCAUCAUGGCCAUAUCUGCCAGAUUGGAAAAGCUAAAUUGGGGAUUAGUAGAGGGAAAGGCCAAAGUAAUAGGAACAGUAAUUGGCAUUGGUGGGGCAAUGCUUAUGAUAUUUUACAAAGGAGUGGAAAUUAAUAUUUGGUCUUCCAAUAUCAACCUUAUGCACCAACAUAGGAACCAAAAUGGGCUUAUGGAUCCAAAACAUAGGGACUUCAGUAAUAAUAUAGUGGGUGUUCCAUGUGCAAUAGCAAGCGUUUGCUCUUUUUCUUUAUGGUUAAUCAUCCAGGCUAAGUUGAAUGAAGAAUAUCCAUUCCAUCAUUCAUGCUCAGCAUUGAUGUGCUCAAUGGGAGCAGUUCAAGCCAUUGUUGUUGCUCUUUGUGUCGAUAGGGAUUGGACCGAAUGGAAGCUGGGUUACGAUAUCAGGCUUCUCACUAUGGCUUAUUCGGGUAUUGUGGUCUCUGGGUCAGUGGUUAUUGUUAUUUCUUGGUGUAUAAGGAUGAGGGGUCCUCUAUUUGUGUCUGUUUUCAAUCCUCUUCAGCUUUUACUUGUAGCUGUCUUUGCCUAUUUGUUCUUGGAUGAGAAGUUAUAUUUUGGAAGUGUUUUUGGAGCAGUAUUGAUUGUGUGUGGCCUAUAUGCGGUGCUUUGGAGUAAGGGCAUAGAAAUGAAAAAAAAGACUCAAUUAUUAUCAUUAAAAAUCAAGGUUGAGAAUGAAGCAGUAGAGCUUGUUCUGUCUAAUCCUGACAAGUGCAUCCAAAGCAACAAGACUCAAACCAAUACUAUUGAGAAUGUUACCAUCGGUCAAUGAUUAUUCUAUUGAAAAAUAAAUGGCGUGAAGAAUAUGAAAUUCUAAUCAAUGGAAAAAAAAUUAAAUUAGCAGCUGAUUAGGUGUCUGUUAUUCUAACCAAUCUGUGCCUACGCAAUCAAAUAAAACUACUAUUGCUCAAAAAAAAUCAAGUAGAAAUAAUUAACAGCUGAUUAGGUGUUUGUUAUGCUAAAAGAUAAGGUGAUGUGAUAAAACUUGAUUGGCAAACUGCAAAAGGAUGACAAUGUCAAGCAUUCAAAUAGCAAAGACAGAC